AACCACGGCGAGAGUAGGGUCACGGAUCACGUGUGUGACCACGUGCCUCGAUGCCUCUCAAGUGCAAGUUGUCUCUCAUCUCCCUCGCCUACUUCCAUGCUUUUGUACGGCGAUGUAAACAGAUGCUGGGGUGCACUGCGUUUUCGCCGGUUUUACGAAUAACGAACGCCUAAAUCAGAAUCCCAUGGAUCGGGUCGUGCCACGUCGGUCAUGACGUGCGCAAGGGGAAGAUGCUGGCAGGAUGACUCAGCUCUUCGACCACAACCGCAAUGCAACUGGCGUCAAGAACGGCGCCGUCAGGGGCAGCGAUCGCAACGAGGGACCCCACUGGGACCGGGCACUGCCGGUGCCCCCCUGGGCCCUCCGGCUGGGGCCCUGCCUGGUGGUGGCGGCCUCACUGGCCUGCUUCGCCAACAGCGUGAGCGGGGACUUUGUCUUUGACGACUCGGAGGCCGUGGUGAACAACGCCAACGUGCGCCCCGAGACGCCGCUGUCCCGCCUGCUCGAGGAUGACUUCUGGGGCACCCGCCUGCUGGCGCCCUCGAGUCACAAGUCAUACCGUCCCCUCACCACGCUCACCUUCAAGCUCAACUGCCUGGUAGCAGGCGACCUGAGUGCCCCCCAGUUCCACCUGGUGAACCUGGCCCUGCACGCGGCGGUGUCCCUGCUUUGCCUGGGGGCGCUCUUCCCGGUUCUCCUCCAGGGGGCACCACGUGCCUCCCUCCUGUGUGCCCUCCUCUUUGCCGUUCAUCCCGUCCACACCGAAAAUGUGUCUGCUGUUGUAGGAAGGGCUGACCUGCUUUGUGCCCUGUUCUUCGUGCUGUCAUUUCUGUGCUUCGUUCAUUCGUGCUGUGCCAACACCCCGUGUGGCGAGGGUGGUUUGCAGUAUGACGUCCGCUCGUCGUGCCUCUGGCUGCUGGGGUCUGCCGCACUGGCCGUCGUCUCCAUGCUCUGCAAGGAGCCUGGCAUCACUGUCAUUGGGGUGUGCUUUGUUUACGACGUCGUCGUCAUCUGUAAAAUAGACCUCGCUCGCAUCAUCACCCUGUUACAAAACCGCUUCGCCGGGGCACAGAAGUGGCUGCUGCCCUUGGUGCUACGUCAGGCAACGCUCACAACGGCCGGCUACUGGGCCCUCGCGCUGCGCUGGAAGGUCAUGGGCUCCUCGUCACCCGUCUUCCAGAAGAUCGACAACCCCGCCUCGUUCGAGGAAAGUCUCUGGAUCAGGGUGGCCAACUACCAGCACGUGUAUGCACUCAACGUGUGGCUGCUGCUCUGCCCGGAGUGGCUGUGCUUCGACUGGUCCAUGGGCUGCCUCGCCCUCAUCCGGUCGGCCACGGACCCGAGGUUGCUCGGAGUCGCCGCCCUCUGGAUCGCGGGGGCACUCCUCGCCUACCAGGCGCUCCUCGGCAGAGACGCGAGGCUACGCAGGCUGCUGUGCAUGUGCCUGGCCCUGAUGGUGGUUCCCUUCCUGCCGGCCUCCAACCUCUUCUUCCGCGUGGGCUUUGUGGUGGCCGAGAGGGUGCUCUACCUGCCCAGCCUCGGCUUCUGUGCCCUCGUGGUGGUCGGGGCGGCACACCUCGCAGCGUGGGCACCGCGUCAUUCAAAGAUUCUACAACUGUCAUUGGUGGCCCUACUGGUUGUUUUCAUCUGCAGAUCGAUACAGAGGAGUCACGACUGGAGGAGCGAAGUCGACCUGUAUCGCUCAGGCCUGAAGGUGUGCCCUCUCAAUGCAAAGGUGCACUACAACAUUGCCAAGAACGCCGGUGACAGCGGUCAGCGGGACGCUGCCAUUGAGGGCUAUAGGGAGGCCCUGCGUCUGCACCCGGACUAUGACCAGGCUAUGAACAACCUGGCUAACAUCCUCAAGGACCUGGACCAGUUGUCCGAGGCCAGGGAACUCCUUGAGAGGGCCAUCCAGAUCAGGCCGGAUUUUGCUGCGGCCUGGAUGAACCUGGGCAUUGUCCAGUCAAGCCUGGGGAUGCAGUCCGAGGCAGAGCGCAGCUACCGCAUGGCCAUCCAGCACAGGAGCAAGUACCCGGACUGCUACUACAACCUGGGGAACCUGUACCUGAAGCAGGGCCGGUACGAGGAGGCAUACCGGGCGUGGCGCAACGCCACCCGUCAGCGUCCGAGCCACCUGUCGUCCUGGAACAACCUGGUGAUCAUGCUGGACCAGCGGGGCCUGCUGGCCGAAGCUGAGAGGGCCGCCCUGCAGGGGCUGGCCCAGCUGGGGCAGGAGCCCUCGCUGCACUUCAACCUGGCCAACACCCUGGGCAAGGCAGGAAAGCACCGCCGCUCAGAGCACCACUUCCUCAGGGCCCUGGCCCUCAGCCCAGACAACCCCAGCUACCACACCAACCUCGGUGUGCUAUACCACCGCUGGAAGAAGUUUGACAAGGCAGAGGAGUCAUACCGAAGGGCCCUCCAACUGAACCCAGACCUGAAGAGUGCUCAGGAGAACCUCGAAAUGCUCCUGCAGCAGAAAAGGCCGCAGGGGACGGCGGCGAAACCACAGGACACAAAGAGGAACAGGAGGACGUAGUCGGACCGAAGCGUUCGACAGAGCGUCAUCGGCCGGACGUUCACGUCGCACGGCGAGGAGGGGCGAGCGGGCUGUCCACACUUCUCAGACAGAAAGGCAGUAGCGUCGAGAUUUCUGCAUCACGUACUGAAGGUCCUCACGGAACACAGAUUGGACGCGGGUGCUUCGUCGUUGUUUGAACGAGAGUCCCACCCGAAUGCCGCCGCAGCACCCUUGUCCAAUCCGUACGCCGCACUGGCCCCUAGUACAGUCACCGAUAGAGUGAGAAUGGCAGGGAGGUUCUUCAGUUGUCUCGCUUCCAGCGCAUGCUUCCCACCUUUGGCGACGCCCUGCCAUUCUUAUCCUUUCAGGGACUAUAAGGGACGUAGCCAGCACUGCAGCCUCGUUGACUGGGAGAUGUUGGUGAUGUCCUCUGUUGCUGAGGUAUCUCGAGUCGUCUGCUCUCAAACUUUCACUUCUUUUGUGUCACCCCUUCGUUGUCAUCAUUUAGCUGGGUGACACAGUCAGUUGGUACCCACGGACUUCCCCACCCCACCAGUGUGCAAUGCUGCCGUCGUCUCUUUUCUGGCUACCAAACUUGCGCUUCUCACGCUUGGCUAGAACUGUUCGAAUGCACGUUUUGCAUCAGCUGUUUUGUGCACUGCUCAGAAAGACCAAUGUAGUCACCGCACCGCUGCGGAAAGGAUUGUUGGCGGUUGUACCUUCCACUUUUCCUUUGUGCGUAAAUGGCUUUCUACUUUCCUCCUCCCCAGUACAAGCUGUUGUUUACAUUUUAAAGGAAAGGCUAGGUCCCCUUCCAGACUUUUCCUGCCACACUGCUGCACUUCUGUGACGUGGAAGUCGGGUAAAGCUCUCCAAAUGUUGGAAAAACACUCGGAAGUAGGGUGUGGGUCUUCCGGGUAAUGUUGGACGUUUUCCUUUACUAUACCGCAGUCUUUGGAACGUGUAGGUAAGGUUACUCGGCAAUUUAUAAAUUGUAUGCCUGCCAUCUGCUCAAAACACCACGGUACUCUUAAUAUAUUCCAUGCCCCUUGUGGAGCAUGGCAGAGUGACCAGUGAAAUAAGCCUGUUCGUAACAACACAUUGUGUGAUGCACCGCCCAUUCCCAAGCCAAUGCUGUCCCAGGUAUAAGAUGUUUCUCCCGUUAUUUCAGUGGUGCCACAUUUUAGCUGCGAAUCUUGCUGUUUCCGCUUCAAAAAGUGUGGGUGAAAGUCACACUCCCUGAGCCUAGAUUGUGUGUUGUGUGUGUUACGCUUGCCUGGAAAUCACCUAGCCAUAUCUUUCCUGUUGGUGUGUCAAGCUGAAUUUAUAUGCAGUGUAAGGUGCAUUUUGUUGAUCUUCAUUCUUAAUUCAGGGAUAAGGGCGACACGUGCGAGUCUGCUCUUUGUGUGUAUUUAUAUUUUGUCAUGCCCGUGCGGGUUUUCUUGCCCCCGUGCACUCAUGGUCUUGUGUUCAUAGCUGCCAUUGUACUUAGGUCAGGUUUCUUCCAAACUGAUGAGGAGUCUUGUGUGCCGAUCACUGUACACAUUGACCGCCAUCCUCAUCGUUGUCAGCCAUUCCAUACGACGGUGCGCCGUCAAAUUGUUCAUAUUCACGUUCAAAUUACCAUUACGCAACCAAUGUUAUUUGUUACGCUGAGUUUGUUUGCUCUUGGUUUUGCCUUUUUUUUUAUUGUUAUGAACUCCUUUUGAGGUUUUUUUCUCUGUAUCGGUUUUGCAAUGUCAGUGAUCUAUAUUGCGGGCAGGAGACCAAACAGUGCUACUUGCAGCAUACAUGGAAUGCAGUACCAGUGAGAGCAGGCGAACAUGCACUGCAUGAUUUUAACGACAUCAAGGCAGCCCUGUGUUUUGUUUUUGUUUCUCUGUUUAAAAGGGGGACAUAUACCAAAUCGACUUUCAAGGAUUUGGUGAACCGAAUCGGGUAUAAUAAUAAUAAUAAUCUUGUUAUCUUUCUCAUAGUGCCCACGAAGGCUUGACCAGUAGGCUUGAUAAGAAGAGAGAUACAGAAACAUUUUAUUUGCCUGAUUUUUGCUAACUUCCUCUAGCAACAGAAUUUUUGGGUAGUAAGUAUUAUCCACAGUGGCACAAUAGUGUUAAAUACCUUAUGGAGUUACCUUCCUAAGCCUCAGGACUGUAAUGGAUCUUGUGCAGAGCCUUUAGCUUUUCGAAUGUGUUUCAAGUUCCUCAGACUGACCGAAGAUACAAAUCAAGGGCUGAAUACUCUAAAGAGCAUCGGAUUCCUUUGCUUCUAAUGAAGCAUACACACACAACCGGGAUUGGCUAGUUCAUCUCAUGCGGUACCACUAGAUCAACUGCUCUGGUCCGUAUGACACUCAGCUUGACUGGUAAGUAUGGUUGAGAUAGAUCUUGUUUACCUUAUCAACCGUGCAGGAUGUCACACAGCUAGCCCAAUUAUGCGGUUGCUAGUUUUUCUGAUUUUUCUUGCAAGUUUGAAAAGCUGCCAUCAAAACUAGGGGUAGAAUGGAAUGCACUUAUCUAUGACAUCAACUUAUAAGUGGUAAAACUUAGUGUGUAAGGGAAAACAAAAAAUGUAAAUGCUCAUUUGUGCUGUCUUGCAGUGUAGGAGCAAUAUUUAUACAUACGAUAGCCAGGAUGAGACAGUUCUGACAAUUAUGUUUUGUUCAUUCAUCAGAAUGUUAAAGACAAUUCAGUUUAUGGUGUUGAGAACAUGGGACAGCCUUUACCAAUGAAUAGGGUAACAAUAGAAGUUUAUAAACACACACUUUGUUGUUCUAUGUGCCAGCCACUCCUUUGGUUUUUUUUAUUUAUGCAUUAAUGUUUACUCGAAAGAAAUGGAGGCAAGAAAUCGAUUUUGCGAAGCAGAAUGUACACUUUGCAAAAUUUGGCAUGUCCUGGAAAUCCACCAUAGUAAUGAAGUAGCUCUUUGCAAGACUGAGGUUUACUUCAAACGUUUAAUUUGCAAUGUUAGCUUUGAUCAAACAUCAUUCUCAGUCAUUGUUCAUCAUUGUCUUCUGUCUGAACUGCAUAGCUUGUUCAGUUACUUUCACACCUGCAGCUUUUUUAGAUAUCUGACAUUGCAAAAGCGAUGAGCAGGUUUUUUGGCUUGAUUUGAUUGCCUGUUGGUACAAACUGAACAGAAGUCUGAACUUUUAGAGUGAGUUUUUAUUUGCUUUUUUAUCUUAAGAAGUAGUGUUUAUGUUUUUCUGUUGUUACCACUUUUUUUAUUUCCCUUUUUAUACCAUUGAGCGCAUUGUAAAAUGUAUCGUGUAACUGUGUUGUAAUAGGUGUGAACAUUCAAAGUAAAAGGUUGCUCAUUCUUUUUUUCUUUUUUUCAUGGAACAUGUUUUUUUUUUCCCAUGUGUCUGAUACCAGUGUUGAUCAAUGUGAGCAUUAUAUUUGUAAGCAGUUGUCAGCUUCUUGAACCUAUUUGUAACUGAGUUCUAAAUAUGUAUCACAGGGUGUGGUAAGAGGUAUAUGUCGCAUACUUUGCGCUUUAGCAGAGGGGAGUGCAGUUUUAUGUGAUGGUGUCCUUUUGUAGUGCAUGUCUCACGAAAUAUCCUUACUGGAGUGAGCAGGUAGGUUUGAAGUAAAACCUAACAAAAGCAGAAAGACUGAGCUAGCUGGUAAUCCAAACAAUACACGCUCUUACUGCCCAAGGGGCUGAUCAAAGACAGUGUAAAUUGUUCUUGGCAGUUUGUGUUGUCUGAUUUUUUCUUCUGGCAGCAGUACAUAGUACAUGCAAUUGUAGUAUUGUAUUAUCCGAUGUAUGUUGUGCCACCCUCCCCAUGUUCAUAAUUCAGGAUUUGGAAGGGAGAAUUCCUAUGGUUUCGUGUUUUCGCUAUAUAUAGCGAAAAACCCCAAAAAUUAACCCUUGAACCGGUUUUAUAAAAUUUGGGAAAACCGAAAAACUCUUAGUUCGAGCGAUCCUCAAAGAAGUAACUCCCAAGCUUUGCCAGAAGAAGCCUUCAACUACAGUUUUAUUUUGUGUUUGCCUGGAAUACAGCUCACUAAAUUGUCUGCGAGGUUACUUCUUUGGGAACCACAACCCCAAUUUUGUUUCCUUUUAAAGGUGCAGGGACAUUUUCCAAGUAUUCGAAUGAUGCGCACAUUAUCUGGACGUUGGGAAGUCCUACAUCCCUGUCCUCCUUUUUUUUUUUUCAAUGUAAACUCUGGUACACCCUAAUCUUUCAUCUGACACCAAAAUUGGAUACUGAACAACCCCAAAUCUUUGGGAAAACAUAACUUCCUCCCUCCAGGAAAGUUUGAGUCGCUUUUCCCUUGUCAAUUAACCGGAGGUCUUCAUCAGACAGCCCCUCGCAUCAUUUAGGGUGAGUUUGCUCGUGGGGUUGUUCGGUAUGUAUGACAUACCGAACAACCUUCUGUGAGUUGUUUUUCGUAUACAAGUGCAUUGUUUAGGAACAACUGCGUGACAUCGGGUUUUUCUCCAUCAAACGGCCAAUUCAGGAACUUGCUUCACAUUCUUUGGAAGAUCUUUACAGGGGCUUUUAUUCCUUCGUUGGUUUUUCCGAUACAGUGAUCUCACCACAAAGUGCCAUUUUAGUUUGCUGAAGAGCGAGCUAGUGCGUACUAGGCUCGUAGCGCCCCUUUACCAGUUACGUGAAAUUGUAUUGAUGGAAGUUUUUAUUUUUUUAUGUUUUAUGGUUUUGGGUGUUGGAGCUGGAUUGUCUGUGUUGACGGAAAGAAGGUUGCCUUCUGCGUGCCAUCAUUGAGAGAUUGAAUGGAUCUGCAGGUCAUACAAAGUAUGCCCGUUUCUACACACAAUGUAUACUGUGUACCUAACUGUGGAAGUGUGGUGAUUUUAUACGGGACAAGUACAACAUACGCCUACGGUGUGUUCAGCCUGACCUCUUGUCGACCCAACUGUUUAGCAAUAACUCAUUUAAAGACCUAAAGAAACCAUGAAACAAUUUUCAAGAAUAAUUUUUUUCAAGUCAAUGUAGUUUUCAGCAGGAAGCUUCACUUCUCUAGCAUAGAAUCUAGCAUAAGAGGGGGAUAGGUUCUGAUCUAACAGCCAUUGCAGACGAAUUUAGGAGCUUGAAUCGGUGUUUUCAAGUUUUAUUUCGAGGAUUAUUCAGCCAGAACCUAGAAAUUGUUUCAUGAAUUCUUUAAUACAAAAAUGAGAAAGAACAAAUAUGUGAUUUUAGUGCUUUCUCUACUCUACAUAUCAAGAAGGAUGUUCUUGAGUGGUGAGUGUGUCUUUGGUGUUGGUCCUCCUGCAUGUAACAUUAGAACCAUUCGUCGGCCAGGCUUUGAAUGUGACACCAGCGCACUGUCAGCGACGCAUGCCAUGAGUAGGAUGGACCUAGGGUCAACGAAGUGGACGAGCAUUGGCGAUUAUAUCCUACGGGUUUUGUGUCAUUGGUGGAUAACAUAUCAUUGAGAAAGGACGUUAUUACUGUUGAUAAUGGAGGCUUCCAGCUGACACUGGAGCACCUGUAAUGUCCUCGUGUAAUUGUGUUAUCACUCGGCAGAUUGCUGGUAGUGGGCCCCUCAAUAAAUGUCAGUGCUAUUUAAAA